CACGUGAGAACCUGUUUUCCCGGUGAAAGCCAUUGGAAACCGCCAGUCACCAGAAAAGAGCAAGACAGCAUAAUCAGCACAGAAUAAAGCGGUCGCAAGAAUUUUUAAAACAAAUCCGCCUGAAUUGCUUUGCUUUCAGUUCAAAUAAGCCUCGAUUCCUUGCGAAACAGGACAAUAUGAUCCCAGCGGUGGUUUCCUUGCAAAAUUUGGCUUCGGAUGACGGUAUUGGUCAAAGCGUAGUUUUGACUGGAAAACAUGCUUCAGAUCUUGGCAAAUUUAUUGGAGAAAAUUAGUUGUUUUUGGCAUUUCAAUUAGCUUCGACUUUUGUACUAGAAAAAAGAUAAAAGUUUACACGGGAUGGGAAAUUGUAUUUCACCUCACAAAAGGAAACAAAAAAUAAAGGAUAAAAAUCAGUCUUCAAAAUCAAGAAAGGGGCGGGGGAAAACUGUUUCUCCCGUUCCAGGUGCCUCUCAUACCACCAUAAACAAAGAACAAAUCAAUGGAUUCAGGUAUUCUUCAGCACAAACCACCAUAAAUAAUCUUGUGCACCUGGGUUCAGAAAUGUCUACGACUACAAAUGGCAAACCUGAAAUUGCAAGUGUCAAUUUCAAUGUCACUGGGGUUCAAAGGGCUCGUACUCAAUCAGAAUCUUACGGAAGCAAGGAUGAGGCAUAUUUUGAUUCUGUAGCAGUCUGGGAAUCUGACUGUGACGAAGACUUUUUUAGCAUCAAUGGAGACUUUUUGCCUUCAGCAGGCAACACCAUGAGCCUUCCAAAUAGUGUCCAAGGGACACCUCGUCCCAGUAUUGCAUCUCUCAAGGAUAGAAUGAUGCCGGUUGAAAACAAAGAUAGAAUAGUCUCUGAUGAGAGUUACGAUAGAAUGAUCUCUCUUGAGAAUGAAGAUAAAAUGGUCCCUUUUGAGAAUGAAGAUAAAAUGGUCCCUUUUGAGAAUGACAAUAAAAUGGUCCCUUUUGAGAAUGAAGAUAAAAUGGUCCCUUUUGAGAAUGACAAUAAAAUGGUCCAUGGGGAGAAUGACAAUAGAAUGGUUUCUCUUGAAAAUGAAGAUAAAAUGAUCCCUGUUGAGAAUGGCGAUAGACUGGUCUCUUUUGAGAAAGAAGAUGGAAUGGUCCCUGUUGAAAUCAAAGAUGGAAUCAUCCCUGAUGAGAGCAAAGAUAGGAACAUGCCAAUUGAGAAGAAAAAAAAAUUGAAAGAGUUAUUUAUGGAGACAUUAUCAAGUGAAGAUAAUAUUGCAGGCAUGGAUCUUGUUAGAUCGAAAGAGCCACAACUGAAUUGGGGUGCUACAGCAGAGGAUAAUGGCAUUGGAGCAACUGUUGUAAAAUAUGAAGGUUCAAAGGGUCCAGGAGGGUACCCUGAUACUGUAAAAGAUGUAAAUAGUGAGGAAGCUAAUGAACAUGAUCUGGAUGAGAAGCAGAUGAUGAAGUGCUGUCUACCACUUAUGACACCAAACGGUUCUGUUAAUGGAAAAAGAAGAUCCCCAAGCCCAAAUCACAUCUCCAAAGAAAAUAAAUAGCAGUUUUCUACCUCACUUCCAAGCAGUGAACCACAGCUAGAAGCUACAUGCUGAUUCCCUCUUGAACAAACAGAUAUGGAACAGUUGCAGAUCAGACAUGGAGAAGAGGAGUUUAAAUUACAAAGGCCAGUUUGUUGAAGCAGCAAAAAAAUGCAAAUUUACUGAUUUUUAUCUCUUAUUUUUUUGCCAUAUAAAAUUAGACAUUUUUAGCCUCCACCAACUCUUUCCAGUCUUUUGUAUUAUAAAUUUGUAGUUGGAGUUUUGAGAAAGACAAUUAAUUGUGAAAAUAUAAUUUUUUGAGAAAUUGUUUCUUGCUAACCUAUUCAAGAUAGUGCCAGUUACUAGAAGAAAAUCCCUCUUGACUUGGAUCCUUAAUUGUAUGCGUCUCUAUUCAGGUCCUUCUAUAGAAGUUACAGAAUCAGCUUCAUUGUUGGCAAUAUCCUCUGGUUCCGGCUUGAAUGAUUGAUCUAUUUUUCCAUUAUAAAGCCUCCUUAACUUGCCUUGACCAAAUUGGAGUUUAAGGCUUGAUCAUAAUAAUUUGUAAUAAAUAGAAGCUAAGUCUGAAUUAUCUGGGUUAGAGCCUUUGAGAAGGGCUUUCGUGGUUGUUUCAGAUGUUAAAGUUUGAACACCAUUAUUUUCUUGCUCUACAUAGAAAGUGUAAUUAGUAUAUUCCAUUACUUCUUUGCUAUUGAGAUUUAUAGGAAAGUGAUUGAUAUCAUGGCAUUUGCUAUUAUUGCUAUGAGUAGUCUUUUCUCCAGUGAUUAAUUCUUACUGCAUUUAGUUGUUUUGCACACAAUAUACUUGUUUACAUAUUUCCAAGCCCUGAAUGUAUUUUAUUUUCAAGCCACAUGGUCUGAUGAUAAGAACUGGAACUAUGAGUUAGGUUCUGUUACUUAUUGACAUAUCCAUAUUGGUGCAGAUCGAAUCAUUC